CCGACCUCUUUCUCCUGUGCUCUCUCUCUCUCUCUCUCUCUCUCUCUCUCUCAUCUCUCAUCUCUGCCCCUUUCGCAGUCUCGCAUUUCUCGCCAUGGCUUUCUUCCCUCAGCAGCCCAACCUCCAUCAACCCCAUCACCAGCAGCAGCAGCAGCAAUCCAUUCCCCUCAGGAAUUUUGUGCCGAUCGAUGGCCAUCUCUCCGCCCCGGUUUCGUUCUUCAACGCCGCAGGCUUCCCGGACCCAUCUCACCUUUCCCUAACUAAUGUCACGGGGGUCUCACCGAGCGCCGUUUUGGGGGCGGACGGAUGGGAGCCGAGGACGAAGCGGGUCAAGGAGCAGGACUUCCUAGAGAACUCGCAGAUAUCGUCCAUCGACUUUCUGCAGACGGGGACGGUGUCCACCGGGCUGGGACUGUCGUUGGAUGAUCGGAGGGUGGCGGCUUCCUCUGGGGAGUCACCGCUGGUGCUCCUCCCGAUGGUCGAUGCGGAUAUUGAUCGCGAGCUGCAGAGGAUGGUGACCGAAAUGGACAGCUUCAUCAAGAUUGAAGGUGAACGCCUAAGGCAGUCAAUAUUGGAGAAAUUUCAAGCAAAACAGUUCCAAACACUUGCGUUUGUUGAGGAGAAGAUUCUUAGAAAGAUAAGGGAGAAAGAUUCAGAAGUGGAGAACAUCAAUAAGAAAAAUAUGGAACUCGAGGAACAGAUGAAACAGUUGGUGAUGGAAGUCGGGGCCUGGCAGCAACGAGCAAAGUACAAUGAGAACAUGGUUAAUUCACUCAAGUAUAAUCUUGAACAACUUCAUGCUCAGAACAGGGACAACAGAGAGGGUUGUGGCGAUAGUGAGGUCGAUGACGCGGCCUCUUGCUGCAACGGAAACUUCAGUUUGCAACUCAUGUUGAAGGAAAACAAGGAUUCAAAGGAGAUGGCUUGUAGGGUCUGCGGAGUGAACGAGGUUUGCAUGCUUCUAUUGCCUUGCCGACAUCUCUGUUUGUGCAAGGAGUGUGAGAGCAAGCUCAGUUUCUGCCCUUUGUGCCAGUCCUCAAAGUUCAUUGGCAUGGAGAUCUAUUUAUAGUGAAUCUGUGUUGUGUUGCUUGGAUGUGUCCUCCAUUUCUGUCCUCAUCAUGGCCUAGUUGCUUUGUAUAUCUUUGAGACCAUCGACAUUAAGGGACAUUACGUAUGGAAGUUCUGCACUUGAAGGUGGACUUCUGCUUGGUGUUGUAUCGUUCCACUUACCAUGAACUUAUGGUACUCUUUAUGUGCUUGAGAUUCUAUAGCAUCGUGAUAUUAAUUUUAACUCAA